ACCAUCAAUACGAUAAAGAAGAUUAAUUAUAUAAUUAAUAAUUAAAUAUGGAGAAGAUGAGCAACUCUAAUUCAUUUAAGCUUACACACAACUUCUACAUCAUUGAAUUCGAUGAUGGGAUAGCACUAGUACCGAAUAAUUGGUUGCGGCUAUCACUAUCAGAAGAUUUUUACGUUUGCUUUUAUCCGAAUUAUGAUUCAAAAAAGAAACUUAAUAAGGCUAUACAGACCAGAGAAGAACCUGAUUUGAAAAAUGUACAAGCUGGAUGGGCGAUGUAUGAUAUUUUACAUAUUAUUGCUUCAGCAGAUACUUUUGAACGAGGUCAAGAAAAGUUAAAGAUGGCCGAAAAUAUAUCUGACGUUAAUACAGAUAAUGAAGAGAAAAUGAAACAAACGCGGCAUGACAGAGCUGUUGUAAAAAAUUUUACAUCUGACGACUCAUCUUCAUCCAGUACAAAUAUGGAUUCCGUCCUGUUGCAGUUACCAGAUCCGAAUGAAUUUUGUGGAUCACAUUAUUCUUCGAAUAAGAUUUUAGCGACUUACGAAAACGCAAUUAUUUCACCCGAAGAUGAAAAUAUUAUGAUUCUAAAUAUGGAGAGAAAAAAACCGAAAAUAGUUAAACAAGAAAAGGUAAAGGUUUCUAUAUGUAAAAAGAUGGAAAACAAUCAAGAUAUCGAUGAAAAUAAUGAUCCUAAUGUUACAAAUAACAACGAUGAUUCAAUCGAUUGGAAUAACAAGAAAGAAAAUCAAUCUGGCGAGACAAUGUUAAAGGAAAUUUUAAAGAAAGUAAACCGUAUUCUAGUAGAAAUUACAUACAUUGAAAGAAGGCUCAGUAGAUUAGAAAAUAAAACAGACAUUGCAAAUAAUGAAGCGAUAGCCAAUAUUGCUGUCGAAGAAGUGUUUGUUUUUGAUACUAUUUCUUCAGUGGAACAGUUGCAUCUGUUGGAAGAAAAUUUGAAAAAGGAAGAUUUUUUUAUGAAAAUGAAGAACUUUUUGAAAUUAAAAGGUGGAAUAAAUCUUCAAGACAGAAUAAAAAAUUGUUUUAAAACAUUGAUUAAAGAUGAAAUAUUGAUGUUAUACAGUUGGAAAGGAGCUCGAGGAAAAAAUGCAUUCCGAAAUUUUAAAAUUGUUAGUUUAAUUAUAGCUGUUAUUCGGUUACACGAUACAACUUCAACCGAGGAAGAAAUCUCAAAAUUAAUGAUCAAUUGGAUCGUGCAAGCUCCUUCACGUGUCAAAAGAAUUGCAGAAAAAGAAAGGAAAGACGAAAGAGAUAAUCUACAAGACCAUCAGGAAUGAGCUAGAUUUAAAUAGUUGAAAUAAUAUAUCUUCGAAAUAAUACAUCUUCAUCUUUUUUCCAACCGAUAAUAUUUCUGUUUUCAACGAUAAGAUCGAAUUUAUAAUUUUAG